CCCGGACACGGCGGCGCCCCGGUUCGGCGGGCCCGGCCCGUCUGCCCGUCCGCCGGAGCGCGGCCCUGGGGUACCGCCUUGGCAGCGCGCGGCCGCGCUCGGCCCGCCGCACGGAAACCGCCGUUACCCGGCGCGGUGCUGUCACCGUCCGGAGCCCACAGACGUGAGGUGGCUGGGAGCCAUGUGUGUAGCCAGUACGGGACCUCAGGUUCUUUGCCAGAGGAAAAAAAAGAGUUUCUGCAAAACGGACCAGACUUACAAGACUUUGUAACUGGAGAUUUAUCAGACAGGAGCACGUGGGCCGAGUAUAAAGGCAAUUUAAAGCGUCAGAAAGGAGAAAGGCUGCGACUUCCUCCAUGGCUGAAAACAAAGAUUCCCAUGGGAAAGAACUACAAUAAACUAAAGAAUACUUUGAGAAGUUUAAAUCUUCAUACGGUAUGUGAAGAAGCACGUUGUCCCAACAUCGGAGAAUGCUGGGGAGGUGGUGAAUAUGCUACAGCUACAGCUACUAUUAUGCUGAUGGGUGACACGUGCACUAGAGGUUGCAGAUUUUGUUCAGUAAAGACCGCAAAAAGUCCACCUCCGCUGGAUCCCGAGGAGCCUUACAACACAGCAAAAGCUAUAGCCGAGUGGGGCUUGGAUUAUGUCGUAUUGACAUCUGUGGACAGAGAUGAUAUGCCUGAUGGUGGAGCAGAACACUUUGCAAAGACAGUCUCUCAUCUGAAAGAAAGGAAUUCAAAAAUCCUGGUGGAAUGCCUAACUCCCGAUUUUCGAGGGGACCUCAAAGCGGUGGAGAAAGUGGCACUGUCGGGACUGGAUGUGUUCGCCCACAACGUGGAGACGGUGCCAGAGUUACAGAGGAAGGUGCGUGACCCCCGAGCCGGCUUCGAGCAGUCCGUACGUGUGCUGAAGCACGCUAAAGAGGUCCAGCCCCGCGUCAUCUCUAAAACCUCCAUUAUGCUGGGGCUAGGCGAGACAGACGAACAAGUGUAUUCCACAAUGAAAUUAUUGCGGGAAGCAGAUGUAGACUGUUUGACGCUAGGACAGUACAUGCAACCAACAAAACGUCACCUAAAGGUUGAGGAGUACAUAACUCCUGAAAAAUUUAAGUACUGGGAAAAAGUAGGAAAUGAUCUUGGAUUCCACUACACUGCCAGUGGGCCUUUAGUGCGCUCCUCCUAUAAAGCAGGUGAAUUCUUCUUGAAGAAUUUAGUAGAAAAAAGAAAGACAAAAGCCAUCUGAAAAUGAGAGUGAACCUAUUUAAAGCAGCCAGUUUUAAGGAUCCUUUUUCAGUGCAUAAUUAUACCCAGUUCCAGAAAUGCAGAAGACCAGAUGGUGGAUGUAUGAAUAAACUUACUAUCUUUCCAGAACA